AUGGCAUCAACAUUUGAUUCAAAUGAUUGUAUGCGAAUUGUCGGUUAUGAUAUGAGUAAAAAGGCUGCUGACAAAGCUUAUGCUAAAGCUGGUGUCAAACCAAGCGAUGUACAAGUAGUUGAAUUACAUGAUUGUUUUUCUGCUAAUGAACUUAUUACAUAUGAAGCUCUUGGUCUUUGCGGAGAAGGAAAAGCUGGAGAAUAUGUCGAACGAGGUGAUAAUACCUAUGGUGGAAAAUGUGUUGUUAAUCCAAGUGGUGGUUUAAUUUCUAAAGGUCAUCCAUUGGGUGCUACAGGUUUAGCACAGUGUGCGGAACUUUGUUGGCAAUUACGUAAUCAGGCUGAUAAACGACAAGUUAAAAAUGCUCGUAUUGCACUUCAACAUAAUAUUGGUUUAGGUGGUGCAUGUGUUGUUGGUAUCUAUCGUCUUGCCGCAUUCACUAAACCACGUGUAGAUUCCAAACUGUGA